AUGGAGACUUCAUGGAUUAUGAAUGUGUUGGGUUUUGCUGAGAAAAUAAGAAGUGCAACUCAGUCGUUCACCCUCCGAUUUGGUGAACUUUUUGCAAAACCACAUAUCAAAUGCACCAACUGCAACUGCGACAUUGAUAUUAGUAAUGUUUCUUUGGUGUGGCCAGCACUUCCUGCUGGUGUCAAAUUUGAUCCCACGGAUCUGGAACUUCUGCAGCAUCUGCAAGGAAAAUCCAGCCAGCCAAAUUCAGUGCCCCAUACGCUUAUUGAUGAAUUUAUACCUACUAUAAAAGAGGAGGAGGGAAUUUGCUAUACACAUCCCAAAAAUCUGCCUGGUAUGAAGAUGGAUGGUAGCUGCCUCCAUUUCUUUAAUAGAGUAUUAAACGCAUAUGACACCGGUAAGCGCAAGCGUCGAAGGAUUAUUGCCACCGGCGACAUUUGUGACGGUGUUGCUAAUGGGAACAGCAGGUGGCAUAAGACCGGAUCAUCCAAACCCGUAUUGGACGAGAAUGGUGUGAGAAAAGGCUGGAAGAAGAUCUUAGUUCUUUAUAAAGCUCCAAAGAAAGUUGGUGGCAAGCCAGAAAGAAAGAAUUGGGUGAUGCAUCAGUACCAUCUUGGUGUAAACGAAGAUGAAACUAAUGGGGAAUUUGUAGUCUGUAAAGUAUUCUACCAAUCGCCAUUGAAGAAAAAUGACAAGUCUAAAACAGAUGUUGCAGUUGAAUCUGAUGCAUCUGUUGCAAAAAUCAAUCCUAGGACCCCAAUGACAAAUCCUCCCCAGCCCCGUCGGCUGAACAACAGCCCAUGCAACACUGAGCAGUAUACCCCCAUUCAGGAGGAUCAGGGGGAAGAAGAGUGUGGCACAUCUAAGAUGAAGGUUGAAGCAGCUGAAUGCUCUGCGUGCUUUGCUGAAUUAUCACCAGCUGAGCCUACCUCGCAUGAACUCCAGAGGACCCCAAUGACAGAUCCUCCCCAGCCCCAUCGCCUGAACAACAGCCCAUGUAACACCGAGCAGCAUAUCCACAUUCAGGUGGAUCAGGGGGAAGAAGAAUGUAGCACAUCCAAGGUGAAGGUUGAAGCAGCGGAAUGCUCUGCAUGCGUUGCUGAAUUAUCACCAGCUAUUCCUACCUCGGACGAACCCAUGCAGCCUACGGAUGCCCUGGACGCAGGACUUGACGCAUCUCUUCCCGUCAAUGGUCCUAACAUGGACCUGUUUGAUGAGUUGCCUGACCUGGAUAAUACUCUUCCAUUCACUGGAACACCUUCAGGUGGUGGCAUCAGUUUAGAUGACAUCUUCGGACCACAGGAUGAUAGCCUUGGGGCCUGGCUGGAUGGCUUCCUCUGA